AUGAGUAGGCCUCGGUCUCUGUCGAAGGUCUCGAACAUUUGUCAGAUGUUCCAUGAGGAAAGAAAGCCUCUGUCGGCUUCAGAUUGCUAUGGAUACAUAUCAGACGCAGGGAAGCGCAGCUUUGAGCUUCAUCCCUCAUUUGAAAGACCUUCAAGGUUUAGCCAGACCUACACGUUGCGCGAGGUUCUAUCUGGCUUUGAUGACAUUAAGUGGGAAGAUAGUCAUCCGUUUGGAUACGAGAAAAGACUAAAUUUGGCCCUGACCCUCGCCAGCAGCGUUAUGCAAACUUACAACACACCGUGGCUCACAAGGGUUGUUACUCUUGACGAUAUAGUUUUCUUUUCGGAUACCAGCAACGAAAUAUCUUCUCGGGAAACUAAUGCCCCUUACCGACCUUUUGUCACAAGACUUGUACCACGGAUAAGUGUUGAAUCUCAGCUUGGGCCGGAGAAGGUUCCACAAAUGGUAAACAUGACUGUUCUUUCUCUCGGCGCACUACUUCUGCAAAUCAUUACUGGAGGCGUGGAAGCCAGUCUCGAAAUCACUGAUACGGCGGACGUGAAUCAUGUACUGACUCAACAUCAAAUUGCGAGGCAGCUGGAAGCGAAAGUCAUCGAGAACGGAGGGCCAAACUACGCAAAAGUCGUCAAGUGGUGCUUCGACAACGCAAUCGGGCUGGCUGGAUUCCAGAAUGAGAAGUUCUGUCAGGAGUUCUAUGAGGUCGUUAUUGCGACUCUAGAACAGGACGCUGCUCUGCUGGAGGAACAGCGAACUGGCUACUACGAUGAUUUCGAUUAG